AUGGACCACAGUACCGACGAGGAAUCCAGAAUCGGGGCCGAUGGUGCCAAGGAUAUCCGGGAGGAGAAACCUGAGAAACCGUUGUCAUCUAGGAACAACGAUCCUCCCCAAGAACGCCAUAUCACCUGGCUCGAUACCCUCCGGCACUAUGAAGGUGCUCUAGACAGAAAGCUCGGCAUCGAAGCCCGCGCAGUCCAGAGAAAGACACCGGAAGAUCGCGACCCUCAAUACGCUGUAUGGCACAACCAAGCCGUCAUGUUUCUGCUCUGGAUGAGCUCGACCCUGAAUCUAGCCUGCUUUGCAACUGGCUUCCUGGGCACGGCACUCGGACUGGAUCUGAGAACAUCACUCACUAUCAUCACCACAGCCGCAUUCCUAGGGAGUGCCGUUCCUGGAUGGUGUGCCACCCUAGGCCCCAGCACCGGCCUCCGCCAAAUCUCCAUCUCCCGCUACUCCCUCGGCUGGUGGCCGUCGAAAGCAGCCGCGAUCCUCAACGUGAUUGGGCAAAUCGGCUGGUCAUCUGUCGGCUCGAUCACCAGCGGCCUUGCCCUCGCCGCCGUCUCGGACGGCGCCAUCCAUCUCGAGAUCGGCGUGGUCCUGUCCACUGCCAUCAGCUUCGUCGUCUCCAUAAUCGGCCUCAAAGCCGUGUUUGCGUACGACAAGUUCGCGGGCUUGGUGAUGGCGUUUGUUUUUAUAACCCUGUACACCGAAGCCGUACCCGCCGUUCAACAGUCCCAAUCCCACUCCCAAGCCCAAGCCCAACCCACCACCCCCCUCCAAUCUGUUCUGUCGGGCCCAGCAAAGACAGCCGCCUCCCUGAAACUCUUCUCAGUAGUCUACGGCUCCUCCGUCUCCUGGGCCUCCAUCGUGGCAGAUUACUACGUCGAAUACCCCGUCUCUACCUCCCGCAUCAAGAUCUUCCUGCUCACCACGCUCGGUCUGGCCCUCCCACUUGCUUCGCCAUGUCUCUUGGCGCCGUCGUCUCUUCGGCUCUUUCUUCCCGUCCAGCCUGGUCUGCCGCGUACAACACCGGCGGCAUCGGUUUUCUGA